CUUUGUUCAUGCUAUGAUGUUUACGAGGCUUAAGCUUACAAAAUACAAGUGUAAAAAUUAUCUGUGAAUUUGUGAUAACUGAGCAUAGCUGAUAUGUAAUAUGUAUUACUCAACUGUUUAUCUAGGUGUAGGUAGGUACUAGGAUUCCUUUGAUAGGGAGUAUUGUUUACAAUAAUAAGCUUGCAAUUUCUUUUGUAUCCUUUGAGAAUUGUAAUAGCUCGUUACAAUAAUAGUGUUCUGUGUGUAAUUGUUAGAGCGUGAAAUACAGCAACAGUCAAUAUAUAGGCUGAAUUUGAUAAGCUUACCUUAUCAGUUAUCAUUUAACCGCAGACAUUGGUUGUGUAUAGGUGUUUCUAGAGUUGUAUUAUUGGAAAUAUUAAAAUGUUGGAAGAGGGAGACUCUAGUAACGGUAAAGUUGCGCUUAUAACAGGAAUAACAGGACAGGAUGGAUCAUAUUUGGCAGAACUUUUACUAGAAAAAGGUUAUGAGGUCCAUGGUAUAUUACGCAGAUCCUCAUCAUUUAACACUGGUAGGAUUCAGCACUUAUAUGGGAAGCCAGCUAGUCACUCGGGAGGACGAAUGCAUUUACACUAUGGAGAUCUCACAGAUACCACCUGUCUUAUUAGUAUUAUCACUAAGGUAAAACCAAAGGAAAUAUACAAUCUAGGAGCCCAGUCACAUGUGAAGGUUUCAUUUGAGUUAAGUGAAUACACCGCUCAGGUGGACGCAUUAGGUACAUUAAGAUUGCUAGAGGCUGUGCGAACUGCUGGUUUGGCCAAAGAGACAAAAAUAUACCAAGCUUCCACUUCAGAACUAUAUGGAAAAGUUUGUGAGGUGCCACAGACAGAGAAAACUCCAUUCUAUCCAAGAUCACCGUAUGCUUGCGCAAAGCUGUAUGGAUAUUGGAUAGUAGUGAAUUAUCGAGAAGCGUACAAUAUGUUUGCCUGUAACGGCCUAUUGUUCAACCACGAGAGCCCGAGGCGCGGGGAGAACUUCGUGACCAGGAAGAUAACCAGAGGCGUGGCCAAGAUACAGCUGGGCUUAUUGGAGUACUUGGAGCUGGGGAACUUGGACAGCAAGAGAGAUUGGGGGCACGCUAAGGAUUACGUUGAGGCCAUGUGGCUUAUGCUACAACAAGACGAGCCAGAAGACUUCGUAGUUGCAACUGGCGAGACGCAUAGUGUAAGGGAGUUCGUAGAGAAAGCGUUCGCGCAUGUGGGCAGGAGUGUGGAGUGGAGGGGGGAGGGGGUGGAGGAGACGGGGCACGACGCCGCCACCGGCCAGCUCCUCGUUAAGGUCAACCCGAAGCACUUCAGGGCUACUGAAGUCGACCUUCUGCUAGGUGACGCCAGCAAAGCGCGCGAGAAGCUAAAUUGGUCACCUCGCGUUACCUUCGAGCAGCUGGUGACAGACAUGAUGGAUGCGGACCUCGAGCUCAUGAAGAAGAACCCGACGGCGUAGUCUUGUGAUACUAAAUGUGACAGUAUAUAUUUCGUUACGAAGAAAUGUGAUUUUCUACUGUGUUUAUUUUUAUAUGUAAAGAGCUUUUUUAAGUAUUUACACUAAGAUUUCUUUACAAGUUCACUAAUCUAAACAAUUUGUUAUGUUUUUUUAAAGUGAUAAUCCUCACAUCUGGGAUUAAUACACAAAUAAAAUUUGAAAACAAAACUUUAUGAACAAUGCGAGACUCGAACCCACGACCUCUCGCGUUCCGGGCUAUUGAGCAAGAGCGACAUCUCAAGUCAAUUGCCUAAUAUGUAAAUAUUGGGGUUGAGCAGGUUAUCAACUGUAAAGUAAAUCCUGUAGAUGAAGCCACAACCUGAGAGUUAAAAAAAGCAAACAAGAUUUUAUCAACGAUACGUCACUCGAACGGAUAGCCCAGUUGGAAGAGCGCUCGCACGGAACGCGAGAGGUCUUAGGUUCGAGUCCCGCAUCGUUCAUAAAAUAUUGUUUUCAAAUUUUAUUUGUGUAAGUUCAUUAAUAAUUAAUUUAUGUAUAGUAUUAUUUUUUAAAAUAUUAUCCAAAAUAAAGUAUUCAAUAAUUGCAUAGUUCCCAUAAGCAUGUCGUUCAAAUUCAAUUAUGGAGUAUUGGUGUCAUAUCUGGUUGGCGCACUGCAAUAUCAGAUUGAACUAUCGAGCGCAAAGCUGCUCGAAUUGUCGGAGACCCAGUGCUCUGUGAACGGCUGGAUCACUUGGCGUUACAUACAGACGUCGCUUCAUUGUGUCUUCUACCGCAUUUAUCACGGGGAAUGUUCCGAAGCGCUGUUUACCUGAUUCCUGUCACCGCGUCCAAAUUCCACCUUCACAUGACACGCCACAAGUUAAGAUAAUCAUAAUCAUUCCCACCAUCUGGAUGUGUGACUUUCCUCCAAGAUUUUCAAGGAACUUUCUUCCACGUACAACCAAUGUACUACCAUACGCUAUGGAAUGAGCUUCCUUGUGCGGUGUUUCCGGGAUGAUUUGACAUGGGUACCUUCAAGAGAAGCGCCUACUUUUCUAAAAGGAAAACGCUCAUGUAAUUUCUAUGGUGUUGCAAGGUAGUUAUAACUUAAGUAAUAUCUAAUCAUAAGAUAAUAUUAACGAAUAAUAUUCGCUUUAUUGUCGAACUUAUGUUACCAUUUUUAUUGCGAGGUGGACCAGUGGGAGGCUCCUUUGCACAUAAUCCCGGCUAGAUUAUGGGUACCACAAAGGCGCGUAUUUCUGACGUGAAGCAGUAAUGUGUAAACAUUACUGUGUUUCUGUCUGAAGGGUACCGUAGCUAGUGAAAUUACUGGACAAAUGAGACUUAACAUGUUACAUCUCAAGGUGACGAACGCAAUUGUAGUGCCGCUCAGAAUUUAUGGGUAUUUCAAGAAUCCUGAGCGGCACUACAUUGUAAUGGGCAGGGCGAAUCAUUUAAAAAACUCAUUACAGUGUGUACAAAAACGCCGAACGCAGUGCUCAUAACACUCUCGCUCCCCUUAUCGCGCUCGCGGCAUCAGUGCGACCUUGUGCACGGAACACUAACUCAUCACAUUGUUUUGUAUUUUAAUGAAAUCUACAUAUUGUAUGUACCUAAUUCAAAAGUUAGCUGUGUACGUAUUUUUUUUAUCAAAUACUUCUGCAUAAAUUCCAUUAAUGUUAAGUUUGAGCUCUGCUCGUAAGUAUUUACUAUUUAUUUUUAAAUCUAGUGCAAUAUGUAUGUUUUAUUAAAUUUUUGUUUCUUUUUGUUAUAUUCUUUGAAAAUUAGUUGGUCUUUAAGUAUAGUGUGAUUAAGUAAAUAUAUUGAUUGCUAUUUUAAA